CUAUCUUAGUUUAUGUGGCUUUCUUGACCCUCAUGGGGUUAAUGGCGGAGUCGGUCGACGUCGGGAACAACUUGGAGAAGUUUCCUGGAGGAAAUCAAAGGGAAUGCACGCAGCACAGUGACUGUGGAACAGACGAGUGCUGCACUUUCGAAGCCAAGGCCACCCUCGAUGGAUCCACCGAAAUUUUCUGGAGCUGCAAGCCCUUAGGGCAUCUGAAUGACAUCUGCCACAGUUUGGCCAGCGUCCAUUGUCCCUGCCAGCCCGGCCUACGAUGCAAACCAAAAGCGGUCUGGUUCUUCGGAGCAGGACUGUGUGCUCCGUUAUAG